UGUAAUCCCAAACUGUCAGUUCCGCUCAAAGACCUCCAGAUUAAAAACCUUUACGGCCAACCAGCUGGAUGAAAUCAAGGAUCCUUCGGGUCUCUUCUUCAUCUUGCCUUUCCAGAAGGGUUACCUGGUUAACUGGGAUGUUCAGAGGAAAGUGUGGGACCACCUGUUUGGAAAAGAGAUGUUCAAGGUGGAGUUUGCAGACACGAGCAUCAUUAUCACAGAGCCUUACUUCAACUUCACCUCCAUUCAGGAGUCCAUGAACGAGAUCCUGUUUGAGGAAUACCAGUUCCAGUCGGCUCUGCGGACGAACGGUGGGUCUCCAAUAAAUCGUUUCCAGACAGAAACUGGAUGAGACUUUAUGAGGAAAUCUAAGUGUUAUCCACUUAAUGCAAACAGCAUUGGAGAAGAGGCACCGCUCCUACCGGCAUGUUACUAAAUCUUCUGCAGCAAAUGUUUUCUUCAUAACAAAAACAGAAUUUUCCUGCAUUUUAGACCAAAGCGACGAGCUAACUUCGUGUUAGCAUUGUCCGGCUGUCACCAUCUGAAAUCUCUCAAUCAAUCUAAUGAGGCGAUCUAGAAUAU